UUUAUUUUGGUAACUUUUACUUUCUCAGUUGGUGGUAAGUCGCUUCCUAAAAUAGUAAUUUUUCGUUUCUUUCCGUUGGCAACACGUUACUUUCUAGUAAGGCGAGUGAUAGGAGUUUGGCGAAUUUGUCAGCAACUUUUACGAAAAAUUGGUGAAUUUUCAGGAAAAUCCGGGACAUUUCUUUAAUUGCAUUAUAAAAUAAAUGUCAAUUAACGUUUCAAAAUGAUAAUAGAUCAAAUCGAUGCGUUCAAAACUUGGUUAACAGCUGUUUUGAAGCCUAUGUGCGAGGCGGACCCAGCAGCUCUAGCUAAAUACGUCUUGGCUCUGAUCAAAAAGGACAAAUCCGAGGAAGAACUUCGAAAAUCCAUGAUAGGUCAAUUAGAUGUUUUCCUCGAAGCAGAAACCGAAUCGUUUGUCGAUUUAGUAUUUCAAACGCUGGCUACGAAGGACUACAUCAAUGACCCGGUCAUACCCAACACAAACCCUCCCAAUCCCAACGUGGGCAAACCUACUAAAGAACCUGCGAAGGAAACGAAAAUCAUUAUACAGCCCAGUGAACUGCCCAACUUAAACGAGGCGGUCAAUGGUAAUGCCAAAAAGGAUAUCGAACCGAAGAAAGAUCGAGAACCAAGAAAGAAUUCAGAUGCGGAGCGUGAGGAACGCCUUGCGGACCGUCCUGUACGCAGGAGAUCCCCCACUCGCAAUCGUACCCGAUCGCACACCAGAUCCAGAUCGCGAUCGUGGGAUCGCGUCAAGAGGUCCAGAUCGAGGGAGAAAUCUAGGGAUCGCGUGGAUCGGGACGCGCACCGGAUAGAACGAGAAAAAAGGGAGAGGCUGGAUAGACCUAGAGGUUGGAGGAACAAGUCGCCGCCUAGGAGGUACGACAGACGGCGACUAUCGAGAACUCCUUCUCCGAUUAGGAUAAGAUCGAGAUCGAGGAGCCCGCGGCAUUCGCACAGAAGCAGGUAUAGGAACAGAUCGUCGAUGAGCCGUAGCCGAUCCAGAUCGAUGGAGAAACGCGAUCGCAGAGAUUCCGGCAAAGAUAAAGAUAACGGCUCGAGAGCUGGAACUCCUACUCAAGAUGCUAAUCCAGAUUUGGACGGUAGAUUAGGAACUCAAAGUGUUCCUAGUGUUGUUGUACCCGGUAGCAAAAAACGGUGUAGGGAUUUCGAUGAAAAAGGUUACUGUAUGCGCGGGGAAAUGUGUCCUUUCGAUCACGGAAUUGACCCAGUCGUACUGGAAGAUUCUGCCUUAACACGUGUAUUAACGUACAAUCCCAACGGUGCACCUACUGUCGUAUCAUCUGCUGUGAUUCCAGCGCCCGUUAUUAACGCUCCCGGUCACCCUAUGAUGGGCCAAAGAAUGCCAAUGCCUCACGAUAAUCCUUACAACCCUCAAGCACCGCACAUCUUCAGAGAUGGAAGAUUCCGUGGACCCAGACCAAUGGGCAUAGCUAGAAUGCCCAUGGGUCCGUUCGCCCCUCAGCCCAACAUUAAUCGCGAAUUGAUCCCAGUGCCUGUCGUGGACAACAAACAACCGGAUUCCUACGCACCGAUGUACAAUCACCCUCCUGGAAAUUUCGUUAAUAACAUGGACCACGAAAAUAUGUACAAAAAGAAAUCUUUCGAUUUCAACAGGUUAGGAUCGCGCGCCAAGAAUCCCCAGAACUGUUCGUUGGAAUUGAAAAAAGUACCGCCGGGCAUGAACAGCAUCACCCAUUUGAACAACCACUUUGGGAAAUUCGGAAAAAUCGUCAAUAUCCAGGUACAAUACGAGGGGGAUCCCGAAUCCGCGUUGAUAACGUUCUCUAGUCACGCCGAGGCGAACGCUGCCUAUCGCAGCACCGAAGCAGUGUUGAACAAUCGUUUCAUAAAAGUGUUCUGGCACAACUCCAGCCAGCCGGUGCUCGGCGAAGGUAAACAGGAGAACGUGCCCCCGAUGCACCAACGCUCUAUUAAGGACCGCCUCGGUGGCACCUCGCCCGUACUGCCGAAUACUAACAAAGUUCUGAAUCUAGUUCAACCGAAGGCCGACGAUCCGGCGGUCGCUAUCAAUGCCUCCGAAGACGACAAACAGAAAACGAUCACGAAGGAGGAGAGCAAGCAACAGGCCACGGAAGCCAUAAAAAAGAACCAGGAAUUGAUCGCGACCCAAGUGAAAGUGAAGAAGAAUCAGGACGUUCAGCGGAAGCAAGUGCUUAAAAUCCAGAACGAUCUGCGCAAGAAGAAACAGGAAUUGCUCGACAAGCAACUCUCGCAACAGAAGAUUCUGAUCGAGAAGAUGGAAAAACUUCCCGUUGGUCCUCAACGCGACGUCAUCAAAGAGACUAUAAAGAAGACUCAAGAAGCCAUCGAAGAAAUCAAAAAGGAUCUGGAAGCCACGGCUUUGGCGGCGAAGAACGCGCCAGCGAAGAAAACCAAAGAAGAAACCCAAAAAGAGCUGCUCGACGCCGAACUGGAUUUGAUAGCUAAGCAACAGGAGGGAGCGGACACUUCGGAAAUCGUGAAAAAACUCACGGAAUUGAAGGCCAAAAUCGCCACGUCCGCUAAAGCUACGAGAGGUAGAGGUGUUGGUAGGAGAUACACUCCUAUCGUCAGCAGACAUCUUCUCUCGAAGAAUAACUUGAAACCGAAACCGAAUUUGCGUAUUAACAGAACCUCUUCUGCUACAUCAUUGACUACUACAGCUGCUGCUCCUGUGCCCACUGCGUUUCAAAAACACGCCGUCGAUCACAGGCCUACGAGACUCCUCGUGUCCGGUUACGAAACCGAUGAACAAGACAGCGUUUUGAGCCAUUUUCAGCAAUACGGAGAAAUCGUCGAUUACGAAACUGAUACAUCUCUACCGAGUAUCACAUUGAACUACAAGACGCGCAAAGAGGCCGAAAUGGCGCUGUUGAAAGGAAAACAUUUUCAGGAUCGAACUUUAUCUAUUACUUGGAGCAACAGCAAGCAGUUGAAUCGACAGAGGAGUAGCGGAUCGAACAGAACAGUCCUGCUUUCGGAGAACGAAGAAGAGCAAUUGAUUGACUCUAGUAUUCUCGAAGGCGAUGAGGAUAUUGGUCCAGAGAUAUCGGAAGAGGCUCUUCUGCAAGAUGACGACGAAGAGGAUGAGGAGGAUCGUUCAUGGAGACGAUAGUAACGAAAAAGCGAGUCAAAUUGUGUCUUGCGAUCAGGUCACUUUCAUAUUGCUUUAUUUCAUUCUAUCUUUAUUGAGUUUUUCGGUCAAAAAAUGUCGAAUGUGAUGAUCCUAGAAAUAGAAUUGACUGUUUUUUACUGAUAAUUGUUAAUCAAUCAUUUUAUGUACAAAUAAUGUUUGUUAUAAUUCAUAGACGUAGAUUAGACAUAUUUUUAAAUGAAAUUUUGGAAAAAAUUGCGCAUGGAAAUGUUACAUUCGGUUUGGACUUUUUUUCCAAAUUUCUUUUACUAACUUGUGACUCGAGAAUUUUCAUGUUUCUAUAUUUUUAAAAGAAAGUGAAUUCUCGAUUUUCUUCUUUUGUGUAAAUUUAAUGAUGUUAAUUCAUUGCUACCGAUAAGAAAAAAUAAAACCAAGUACCCCUAAAAAUUAAAAAAUAAAAAUACAAAUUGAAAACAUUCACGCAUAAAAAACAAUUCUUGG